AUGCUGGCGACGACGUGGCGACUCGCGGGCCGCUGCAACGCGAAUUGCACGACGACGGGCGUGCGGUCGUUUGCGGCCAAGGGAAAGGGCGGAGCUGCUGCCGUCGAGGAGGCCGUGGACCUGACAAAGGUCGUGCCGACGAACAUACUCAAGGACGGCACGCACCCGAGUCUGCUGGACAGAGCCGAGUACCCCGCGUGGCUCUUCACGCUGCUGGACCCGCAGCUCACGCUCGGGGAACUGGAGCGCACGGGCUUUGACAAUCUCGAGAUGGAGGCCCAGCACCGCUACAUUGUGCUGCUCAAUCGUCGGUCCGUGAAGGCAGCUAAUGCGGAGAAGGCCAAGAAGUAA